AUGUUUUAUCAUCGUUGUUUUUCUGUUUUAUUGAUAUUACUUCGAUUAAAUUUCACGUAUCAACUCGAUUCUCUGCACAAUCUUGGUGCAUUCUGUUCUAAUGAUUCGUCAUUGGGUGUUCCAAAUUUAAAUCCAAUCGACGAUAGUUCGGCGAAACUUAUCCGUACGAUCGAAAAUGGAUCACUUUAUACAAUUGGUAGUGGAGAGGAUAAAUCAUGGUUAAUACAUGUUUGGGGUGAAACUGGAUAUGAUUAUGGUAUUGCUUAUGGAACACUUUUGAAGGAACAAAUCGUUCAACUUCUUCCACGAGCAUGGGCACAUUUUGAACAAAGAAUUAUCGAUGAAUUAGAUAAGUUAAAAUUACCGAAAUGGUUCGAAGAGAUUGUUGUGAAUAAAGGUCUGGCGUUUGCAUUGGAUUUUCAGAAUACUCUAGUGGAAAAAUAUAUUGAUAAAGAAAUCUAUGACGAAAUGCGUGGUAUUGCUGAAGCUGCAAAUGUCGAUUAUAAAUCAAUUCGCCGUUUACAUAUGCUCGGUGAAAUCACGCGAGGUCGGUGUUCACUUUAUGGUUUAUGGGGUAAUGCAACAUUCGCUGGAAAAACUCUUCAAUUACGCGCAUUGGAUUGGGAUACUAAAGGUGGCCUUCAAGAUUAUCCUGUCAUUACGAUUUAUCAUCCUCGAUCAUCCAAACUUGGCCAUGCUUUUGCUAAUGUUGCAUGGGCGGGCUAUAUCGGGACAUUAACUGGGAUGUCUUCAACGCAGAUGGGUAUCUCCGAAAUUGGAAUUUAUUUUUCCGAUGAUACAUUUGGUGAUGAGAGUAUGAGUGGUCUUCCGUUUAUCUUUGUUGAACGAUAUAUUUUACAAUAUUCGCAAACACUCGAUGAUGCGCUUUCAUUCGUUUCCAAUGUAAAACGAACGUGUCGAUUAGUUUUAGGUGUAGCCGAUGGAAAAUUAGGCACAGCUCGAAUGAUUCAAUAUUCUCAUUCGCGCGUAAAUUUUUUCGACGAUCAGAAUUUGCAACCAUUAGCCGAAUGGCAUCCGCGUUUGACGAACGCUGUUUACCUUGGAAUGGACUGGCUAUGUCCAUCUCGGCAAUAUAAAUUGUACAAACAAAUUCUUUAUCAAUACGGAAAAAUUACACCUGAAUCAUCGAUUCGAAACAUAACAUCGGUUGCGAAGACAGGUGAUCUGCAUGUGGCUUUGUAUGAUCUUACAGAUACAGUAAUGUAUGUAGCGAACGCUCGAGGAACAAAUGAAACAGGUCCAUUGGAAGCUUAUCAACGACAAUUCGUUAAAAUUGACCUUAAAGUUGAAUUUGCACGUCGAACAAUCCCAUAUUCGGAUCCAGCAUUGGAUUUGUUGACCUGGGAUAAAACAUUAAAACCAUUGCCUUUGACAAUAUUAAAUGGUCUUAAAUCGAAAGCACAAAAUUUUGCACAGGCAAUUGUAAUUGAUCGUUUAUCAUCGACUGAAACAUUAACACAUGCAGGUUUUGAUAAAUAA